UAUCAUGAGGGCACAAUCAAGAAUGUGCGAGAAGCUACAGAGAGCUUUGCCUCUGAUCCCAUCACCUACAGACCUGUGGCUAUUGCACUGGAUACCAAGGGACCUGAAAUCCGAACUGGACUCAUUAAGGGAAGCGGCACGGCAGAAGUGGAGCUCAAGAAAGGUGCGACUCUCAAAGUGACCCUGGAUGAUGCUUUCAUGGAGAACUGCGAUGACAAUGUGCUGUGGGUGGACUACAAGAAUCUCACCAAGGUUGUAGAACUUGGCAGCAAAAUCUAUGUGGAUGAUGGUUUGAUUUCCUUGCUGGUUAAGGAGAAAGGUGCAGACUAUGUCAUGACGGAGAUUGAGAAUGGUGGGAUGCUUGGCAGCAAGAAGGGAGUGAACCUGCCUGGAGCCGCAGUCGACCUGCCUGCAGUCUCUGAAAAAGACAUUCAGGACCUAAAAUUUGGCGUGGAGCAGAACGUGGAUAUGGUAUUUGCUUCCUUCAUCCGCAAAGCUGCCGAUGUCCAUGCUGUCAGGAAGGUGUUAGGGGAAAAGGGAAAGAACAUCAAGAUCAUCAGCAAGAUUGAGAACCACGAGGGUGUGCGCAGGUUUGAUGAGAUAAUGGAGGCCAGCGAUGGCAUUAUGGUGGCCCGUGGUGACCUGGGAAUUGAGAUCCCUGCUGAAAAGGUCUUCCUCGCCCAGAAGAUGAUGAUUGGGCGCUGCAACAGGGCUGGCAAACCCAUCAUCUGUGCCACUCAGAUGCUGGAAAGCAUGAUCAAGAAGCCUCGCCCGACCCGCGCCGAGGGCAGCGAUGUUGCUAAUGCUGUCCUGGAUGGAGCGGACUGCAUCAUGCUUUCGGGAGAGACAGCCAAGGGAGACUACCCGCUGGAGGCUGUGCGCAUGCAGCACGCCAUUGCCCGGGAGGCCGAAGCCGCCAUCUUUCACAGGCAGUUGUUUGAGGAGCUGCGGCGUCUGACUUCCCUGAACUGUGAUCCCACAGAAGCCGCUGCUGUUGGCGCUGUGGAAGCGUCCUUCAAGUGCUGCAGCGGGGCCAUUAUUGUCCUCACCAAGUCUGGAAGAUCAGCACACCUGGUGUCCCGGUACCGCCCGCGAGCUCCCAUCAUUGCUGUGACCCGCAAUGACCAGACAGCGCGCCAGGCCCACCUCUACCGGGGUAUCUUCCCUGUCCUCUGCAAAGACCCGCCCCAUGAUGCGUGGGCAGAGGAUGUGGACCUCCGCGUGAACCUGGGCAUGAAUGUUGGCAAAGCGCGCGGAUUCUUCAAGAGCGGUGACCUGGUCAUCGUACUGACGGGCUGGCGCCCCGGUUCUGGUUACACCAACACCAUGCGUGUGGUGCCCGUUCCCUGAAUGACCGGCUCCACCCACCUUCUGAAUCACUCCUGUCCCCUCCACUUCCCUGUGCCCUGCAUUAGACCAGCCAUCGCUUGCGAUGUCCUUGUCCCUAGAGUUGGAUGUAGGUUGCUAAGCACCACCCAGUGCAGCAGCAGAAGACCUUAAAUCACU